CAAAGACGAUACAAUAUGUGGUUUAUCUUCAGACUUCGUGUGAAAAAUUGACGGUCCCACCGGUGGCGUUUGCAGUCCUCGCUUGAGACUGCAAACUUGUCACGUGACGAUGACUCAGCCACAGCGCUCGCUUCCUUCCUUGGCUCGAUUGCCAAUCGCGCUCCACCUGGACCUGGACCACCGACAAUCAGCACAAUCGGCAUCCAAGACCCGUUGGCCAGACGAUGGGUCUCGCUGGUGGUGUAUAUCAGUGAGGUAUGCAGCGCGCUAUGUCGAGGCCACGGAUCUCCUGGUUCCUAUUCAUAGGUUCCUAAAUGUGCUGCCAGUUUCAGGUGCGCUGGAGAAGCUCAUGAGUGCUCCAUUGAUGGUACCAACAUGCUCCGUUCAUAGUUACAGGUGCGCUGGAGAAGCUCAUGAGCGCUCCGUUCAUGAUUAUAGGUACGUGCCGUCUCUGUCCAGCCCUCGAGACUCACCAAAUCCCUGCACCAGGUACCAACAUGCUCUGUUAAUGGUUACAGGUGCGCUGGAGAAGCUCAUGAGCGCUCCGUUCAUGAUUAUAGGUACCGAUGUGCUCUGUUAAUGGUUACAGGUGCACUGGAGAAGCUCUUGAGCGCUCUGUUCAUGGGUUGGAGACAAGACAAUUAGAUUAUGUAGUGCAUACUUGUGUGUACAGUGAUAGAUUAGAAGAGAAUG